AGUGCUACGGAUCCUGCACCCCUGUGGAUCAGAUGUUGUGAACCGUUCCUGGGCUGAGCUGGUUUUUCAGUGCACCAGGAAGUAUGGAGCACCAAGUGUCCAUCAUGUCCGACUGGGUGCUCCUUGGGCUGAUCGCGGUGCUGGUCGUGCUGCUGCUGCUGACUGUCUUCGGUUUUGCUGUCUACUCGGGGCUCUUCACCGAGGUGGUUGUGAGUGCUGGCUCCCCACCUGUUGGCAACAUCACGCUGGCCUACAAGUUCAGGGUGGGCCCGUAUGGUGAAUCCGGGCAGCUCUUCACGGACGGCUGCAGUAUCUCUUCGAAGCUCUGCUCCAUCGGCGUCUACUACGACAACCCUCACACGGUGCCUCCGGAGAAGUGCCGCUUCGCCAUUGGCCGAAUCCUGAGCGAGGGAGACACAAAGCCGUCGGAAGACCAAAUCAAGAGGUUCCAGAAGUAUGGCUUCAAGAUCUUCUCCUUCCCUGCUCCCAGCCACGUGGUCAUGGCGACCUUCCCAUUCACUACGCCGUUGUCCAUCCAUCUAGCAGUCAACCGUGUCCACCCAGCCCUUGACACCUACAUCAAG